AUGGCCGAACGAGGCAAGAACGCCGGAUGGGAUCUCGCGAUUGGACCGAGCAGCGUCGCGUCGACGGGCGACUUCAACUUCUGCGUUCCUCUAGUCACGCUGCUAGGUUUCUGCGAGGAUUACAGCCGAGAGUCGAAGAUACAGUGGCGCGUGCCGCACGUGGUGUUGAAUGACGUCAAUAAAUUAUCGCUGUUGCGCACGUUGAACAGCGGUAGAUAUCUGAGCGCGCCCUUUCGCUCGUGGGAUCUCUACGAGUUUCCGAUCCUACAGAGCACGACCAAACACUCGUGGACCGUAAAAGCGCCCACGCAGCUCGAGAAACCGCGUUACGUCAUCUUCGCGUUGCAGACCGGAAGGAAGAACGUUCUGUCGCAGGACGCUUCCAGAUUCGACGCGUGCAAUCUGACCAACGUAAAGUUGUAUCUCAAUUCCGACUUCUAUCCGUACGACGAUAUGAAUUUGGACUUCGAUAAGAACAAGAUCGCCGUACUGUAUGACGCCUAUGCGAGAUUUCGACGAACGUAUUACGGAUUCGCGAGCGACGAGACGCUCCUGACUAUCAACAAUUUCUAUACUGCGGUCCGCUCGUGGGGAUAA